AUGCCCCCGCCGGGCGGCUUUGAGGCUAUCAAAUACAAGCGCAACCUUCCCGCCCGCGGCCCCAGCGCGCUGGCUAUCCUCGGCGGCGUCACGGCCGUCUGCGUCUACGGCUUUUACCGCGUCGGACUCGGGAACAGCGAGAAGAAGGAGCUCGUGCGCGAGAAGACGUGGUCGCGGCUGCACCUUGUGCCGCUGCUGCUGGCGGAGAGCGAUAGAGACGCGUAUCGGAGGGAGCAGGCGGCCAUCGCGCGCGAGAAGGAGAUCAUGAAGGACGUCAAGGGUUGGGAGGCGGGGAAGAGUGUGUACAACAACCCGCGAUACCGGCCGGCAGAACAGAUCGUCGUGCUGUGA